AUCAAUUUAAGAGCAGAACAAUCACAGUGGAGCCUGAAAUAACUUCACAUGCUUUGCUGAGGGCCAGAAGUGCCAAGAGGAAGUGAGGAUGGAGGCAGGGAUGAAUGUCCUCCAUGACUUUGGGAUCCAAUCGACUCACUACCUCCAAGUAAAUUAUAAGGACUUUAAGGACUGGUUCCUCUUGGUCUCAGUGCUUGCAGAUCUUAGGAAUGCCUUCUAUGUCCUAUUUCCCAUUUGGUUCCAUGUUCGAGAGGCUGUGGGCAUCAAACUACUUUGGGUAGCUGUGAUUGGAGACUGGCUGAAUUUGGUUUUUAAGUGGAUUCUUUUUGGACAGCGUCCAUACUGGUGGGUACUAGACACUGACUACUACAUAAACACUUCUGCUCCUGUGAUAAAGCAAUUCCCCAUCACCUGUGAAACUGGACCAGGUAGUCCUUCAGGCCAUGCCAUGGGUGCAGCAGGUGUAUACUAUGUAAUUGUUACAUCCAUCCUCUCCCUUACUCGUGGAAAGAAGAAGCCAACUCUUAAGUUUCGGUUCCUGUAUGUCCUUCUGUGGUUGGGGUUCUGGGCUGUGCAGCUCAAUGUCUGUCUGUCCCGAAUCUAUCUCGCAGCCCAUUUUCCUCAUCAGGUUAUUGCUGGGGUCCUCUCAGGUAUUGCUGUUGCUGAAACUUUCCAACACAUCCAGAGUAUCUACAAUGCCAGUCUCAAGAAAUAUUUUGUGGUCACCAUCUUCCUUUUUAGUUUUGCUAUUGGAUUUUACCUGAUGUUGAAAGGGAUGGGAAUUGACCUUCUAUGGACCGUAGAGAAAGCCAAGAGGUGGUGUGAGCAGCCAGAAUGGGUCCAUAUUGACACUACCCCCUUUGCCAGUCUACUCAAGAACCUUGGGACCCUCUUUGGCCUGGGCCUGGCCCUCAACUCCAGUAUGUAUAAGGAAAGUUGCAAGGGGAAGCAGAACAAGAGGCUUUCCUUCCGCCUGUGUUGUAUCGUGGUCUCUCUGGUCAUCUUGCAUCUUUUUGAUGGUUUCAAACCCCCAUCCCAGAUAGAGAUGCUUUUCUAUGCCCUGUCUUUUUGCAAGAGUGCAGCAGUACCACUGACAUCAGUUAGCCUUAUCCCUUACUGCUUCUCCCGGAUCCUGGGGCAAUCCGAGAAGAAAUUUUUAUAGUGUACUUGGAGACUUAAAUAUUCACUACAAAUGAAUUGUGCUACUUGGGGGUAAGUGGUGCUCUGACAGCCUAUGGUUUGGCCAGUAGGUUCAGGAGUUGGACUACUGGCUCUCAUGAAGGCAUGUUACUUUUAUUCUGUCCAAUCCACAGUAGCAGAACUUCCAGAUGGGACAGGUCUUAGAAGUCCCUAGUACCAUAGUUCAGGUUGGGGAUCACUUGUGAAUUUUUCCAGGCCGUGUCUACUCAUGCUGAGAAAAGGAGGAAGGAGCAGGAGAGUGGGGAAAGAAGUAGAGAUGGAGGAGAAUUUUUGAGGAUUCUGCAUAUCAUUUACAAAAAAAGAAAUCAUUUUAUGAUGAACAUUAUCUGAAUAACACCAAUUAGUUUGAAUUUUCUAGGUGAAGGCAUUUUCCCUAAUGGGCACCAGCCUACAAGAAUGAUGCAUAAGUACUAAGAUAAGUAAUUGUUCUUAUCUUUUUUCCUGAAUGAUUGUAUGGGUUAACAUGCAACUACCAGUAUUUUUUAAAUGGCUGAGAUGAGCUAGAUACCCUACCUGGGUCAGAAUAUCCAGCCACAUUUUGUUUGCCCUUGAUUAUACCUGUUAAUAUUUUUUUUUUUUUUUAAUAAAUGUUCCAUUGAUGCUCUUUUUAAAAACAAAUCUAGGUCACCUU